AACAGAGAGAAAGAAAGUAAAAAAGUAAAAAUAGAAUGUGUUGCCAAUGUCCGGAUAAUUAUCCGAUUUUCGGAUAAUUUCAUGGACCAUCGGAUAAUUUUCGGAUUGAACAAUUUUUUGGAUAAUUUCGGAUAAUUCAAGCCGAUUGCUGGAAGUCACAAUCUGUAAUCAUGGCAGGUAUUUUCAAUGAUAGAGAAAUUGUAGAAAUGUGUCAUGUUCUUGCUGAACAAGAACAGCUUAAAGUUACUGUACAGGAGUCAAUAAAAGCUGGAUUGCUAGCUGGUUUUGGAGCUCUAGCAGGUGCUUUAUUAGGAGGUCCAAUUGGAAUAGCAAUAGGUGGAACCCUAGGAUCUGCAACAGCAGCAGUUUGUGCUAAAAAUAAAUUUAGAUCAGUAGCAGAUAUUAUAAGAAACGACUUAUCUCCCAGACAACAGGCAAUACUCAUUUCAAACAUGUCUGCAGUUCUUUCCAGAAUCAAGCCUCAAGAUUGUGUUGCUUUACUAACUCUAGUCCUAUCCACUGGUUCUGUAAAAGAGUUGGUUAUUAAAGAAUUGGGAGUAUUUUUGUUGAAGGAGCUAAAUCUAAGUAUGGUUCAAUGAUGUUUGUUAUAUAUUUUGUAAAUUUGUAAAAUUGAGAUUAUUUAUUAUGUGGUGGACUGAGAAAACUGUAGAUAUUUUUAUAAAUAGCUCAAAUAUUUAAUUUUUGAAAUAAAUAUACAAUGAAACUUUUA